UUGAGGAGGUAAAUAUGAAAUUUGCACCUCUGAGUUCAGCAGUGCUAUGGGUGCUGGAGCUGUGCCUUGCUGCGUGGUGAUGUAAAGCACUGGUAGCACUGAAGCACAGCAGAGGUCUGAAUUAGGCCCCAGGCAGGGGAGAAGGGCUGCUCUCGUGGUGACUUUCCUGCAGGCUCCCAAGGAGCCGUUAAAGCCACCCUGGUGUGAUAAAUACAGUCUCUUUGGAAACGUGGCACUUCUCUUGGUACCCAACUGAGAAUUGUGCUUCUCAGAAAACGUGGCUUUUCUUUGCCUUUUCUUUUGUCACAGCUGGUUAGUUUGCAGUACUGUAUUUUUGUAGAUUGUGUAAGAUGAGGUUGAGAACUAUUUUGUGCCUCGAGGGGCUCCGCUGCUGGAGACAGGAGAGCUGCGUGCUGCAGCCUGCACAGCCCCAUCCCUGCUGCAGGUCAUCUGUGGGCUGAUGCCUGGUGUGUGAACACACAGCACGGCUGCGACUCACACAGAAUCUCACUGGGCUUUAAAUCCCCAGGUCGGGGUGCACCAAACCUUUGCAUGAGGGUGGGCACCUCGCCCUGCUGGCUGUGCACCCUGGCAGUGGGGAGAAGGAGACUGAAGCCCUUGGGUGCAGCACCCACCUGAGCCCUGAGCACACCUGGGGCACAUCCUGGGAUAGGGACAUCCCUAUAAGGAUGUGCCUUGAGGCACUCGAUGCCAUUUCCUGCAGGCCUGCUUGUUCACACCACUGUCACACCGUAAAGUGACACUGUGGCUGUGUCUGGAGCUCCCCGGAGUUGGGUGGGGAUGUCUGGAGUGCCUGAAUCACGCCUUUAUCACUGCUACACCCACGGGCACCUCUCUUCCAGGUGAGGCAGACGCUUGUUAAAAGCCAAACAGGAAGGCAACAGCGCUUGGAGACGGGUGUGACUGCAGGGAUCAGCUGCUGGGGACAGCCCUCGCCACCAGGCAGGUGUGUCCUUGUCCUUGGCGUGAUGGAGGCUUGCUGCCAGCUUUGGCUGUGGGCAUUAUUUGUCCUCCUGGCCUGCCCACAGCCAGGGGUAGCACAGCCAGCCUGCUCCCAUGGGGCCUGCUAUCCCCCCAGGGGGGACAUCCUGCUGGGACGGGGCCAGCACCUGAUGGCUUCCUCCACCUGUGGCCUCACCAAGCCUGAGACAUACUGCACACCGCACGGAGAGUGGAACAUGAGAUGCUGUAAGUGUGACUCCCGGCUGCCUCACGCCCGCAAUGGGCACCGUGUGGCCAACAUGCUGUCCUCUGCUGGGCGAACACGCUGGUGGCAAUCCCAGAGUGGCAUGGAGCACGUCUAUUUGCAGCUGGAUCUGGAUGAGAAGUUCCAGCUCAGCAGCAUCGUGCUGGAUUUCAGGUCACCACUGCCCGCUGCGAUGCUGAUUGAGCGCUCCACAGACUUUGGCAAGACAUGGGAGGUGUACCAGUACCUGGCCUCUGACUGUGCUGCUGCCUUUCCCCACAUCCCCCGCGGUGCCCCCGAGAGCUGGGGGGAUGCUCGGUGCCAGCCACUGCAGGCCCAGCAUGGGUACCCCAUGCAUGGGGGCAAGGUGAAAUUCAGUGUCCAAGACGUGGCAUCUACCAUUACUACCUCAUACAGCCAGUCUGUUAAUAGGCUGGGGCAGUUCACCAACCUGAGGAUCAACUUCACCCAGCUCCCACACGUCAUGCACCACAGCUACCGCUCGCCCAGCAGCUUCUAUGCAGUGACAGAAAUGCAGGUGCUGGGAAGCUGCUUCUGCAACGGCCACGCUGACCGCUGUAUCCCAUCGAGGGACCCACAUGCCAUGGUGCAUGGGCACUGCGAAUGCCAGCACAACACUGCUGGCCCCAACUGUGGCCACUGUGCUGCCCUCUACAAUGACCGCCCCUGGGCCCCUGCGGAGGACAACGACCCCCAUGAGUGCCAGCGGUGUAACUGCAACGGCCACUCAGCCUCGUGCCACUUCGACCCGGAGGUUUUCCACGCCAGCGGUGGGGUGAGCGGGGGUGUCUGCGAUGACUGCCAGCACAACACGGAGGGAAACAACUGUGAGCGCUGCAAAACCAACUAUUUCCGCAACCAGCGGCAGGAUCUCACCCAUCCUGAAGCCUGCCAGCCCUGUGAGUGUGACCCGGACGGCACGGUGCCAGGCUCUGUCUGUGACCCACUCUCGGGGCACUGCGUCUGCAAGGAGAAUGUGCAGGGCGAGCGAUGCCACCUCUGCAAGCCAGGCUUUGCCCAGCUGGCCCAUGCCAACCCCCUGGGCUGCCGCAGAUGUGCCUGCAACGUCCUGGGAACACGGCAGAACGUGCCAUGUGAUGAUGAAACGGGGAGCUGCUCCUGCCUGCCCAACGUGGUGGGCACCGACUGUGACCAGUGUGCAGCUGGGCACUGGGACAUGGCGAGUGGCCGGGGCUGCCAGCCCUGCAAGUGCAACCCCAGUGGUUCCCACAGCAUCCACUGCAACCAGUUCACAGGACAGUGCCAGUGCAGAGAAGGCUUCACAGGGCGGACGUGCUCUGCUGCACAGCAGGAGCAGGCCUGCCCAGAUAGGCACUUUGGAGACGUCAGGGUAGGAUGCACAGAGUGCAACUGUGACUUUCAGGGCACCGAGGACGUGGGGUGUGACAAAUCCACAGGCCGCUGCCUCUGCCGCCCAGGUGUCACCGGCCCCCGCUGUGACCAAUGCCAACGGGACCACUGCAGCACCUACCCCAGCUGUGAGCCGUGCCACCCCUGCUUCCACACCUAUGAUGGUGACAUCCAGCGGCUGCGGUUGCGCUUGCAGCAGGUCAGCCUGAGCAACUCCAGCACUGGGCUGCCUGGGGGUUCCCACCUGGGCCUCCAGCUCUCACGGGCACAGAGCAGCGUGCAGCAGGCACAGGGCAUCCUUGGUCACUCAUCCACCGCCGAGCAGGGCCUGGCCCAGCUGGGCAAUGCACUCACUGCCAUCAGGGAGCAAAUGCAAGGCAUUAAUCCCAACUUUCAGUUUCUGGAUGUGAGUGCCUCUCUAUCAAACGAGUUUGAAGCUCUCAACAGCAGCCUGCUUACCAUCAAUGCUCAGUAUCAGAGCAAGAAGACCCAGUUUGAAAACAGCCGCAGCACGGAUCUGUCAGGAGCCUUUGGGACCAUCCGAUCUGCUCACCAGACAUCCACCAACGCCAGCAGCCUUGCUGCUGCUGCUGCCACUCUGCUGGCCAUGUCCAGGGAGAGCCGCAGGGAUGCAGCGGGGCUGGAGGCAGCAGCUGCCACUCACAGCAGCAAGCUGCUGGCCCUCAGGGCCCAGAUGGCCUCAUCUCCCAAUCUGACUCCUACCGUGAAUAAGAUCUGUGGUGGUUUCCGUGCAGAGACGUGCACCCCAGCACAGUGUGAAGGCUCGCUGUGCCCACAAGAUGGUGGCAUGGCCUGCGGGGACGGCCUCAGCUGCCGUGGUGCCAGGCCAUUAGCCGGUGGGGCCCUGCGUGUGGCUGGGAAAGCUGAGGGGGAGUUGGACAGCCUGAGUGCACGGCUAAGGGAGACAGCACAGCUGAUUAAAACGACGGAGGCAUCUGCUAAUCAGAUUCAAAGCAAUGCCUUGCGGCUCAUGGAACAGAUGAGUAUAACAAGAACCCAGAUCGAAGGAGAUGUCCGGCAUGCCCAGCAGUUCAUCCAGCAAGUUCGAAACUUCUUGUCAGACAAAGACACAGACCCUGCAACAAUCCAGGAAAUCAGCGAGUUUGUUCUCUCUCUUCGUCUCCCCACGGAUGCUGCUGCAGUCCUGAGAAAAAUGAAUGAGAUUCAAAAUCUGGCUACCAAGCUGCAGUGCCCAGAGAACAUACUUGCCCAGACGGCCGAGGACAUUGCAAAGGCCAAGCAGCUGCAGCAGGAGGCAGAACAGGCCAGGAACCGGGCAAAUGCUGUGGAAGGCAAUGUGGAAGAGGUUGUUGGGAAUCUGAGACAGGCAAACACAGUGCUGCUGGAGGCCCAGGGGGCCAUCAGGGGCUCAGGUUCUUCCCUUCGGUUCAUUCAGGAACGCGUUGAGGAAAUCGAGGCAGUGCUUGGUCCAGCUGAGAAGAACGUGGGCUCGGUGGCAGCCCAGCUGGCUGUGCUGGCAGAGGGGCUCCCUGGGCUGCAGCAGACAGCAGGGCAGAACCGGUUGCGGGCCAACGAUGCACAGCAAACAGCAGCAGCAGCAAGCGAGGAGGCCAACAGGGCUCAGCAGGCUUUCCAGCAAGUGAAAGAUAUGUAUGCGGAGCUGAAGAGCAGGCAGGGGCAGAGCCCUGCACUGGGAGCACAGGGCAGCCGUGUGCAGAGCAUAGAUCUGGAGGCAAAAGCUCUCUUUGAGGAAACGUGGAACAUGAUGCUCCGUAUGGAAACUUUGGAGACAGAAAUUCAGGAAAGCAACAGAGCUCUGGUGGCCAAGUCAGCCAGGCUGUCAGGCCUUCAGGAGCAGGUGGGCAGGAUCCGGGAUGCCAUCCAUAAGCGAGUCACCUACUAUGAGAGCUGCUCCUGAGUGAGGCUGCGCCUUCCCGCUGCAAACACCGACUGCUGUGUUGAUUCCCAUUUUUCUGGCAGGAUUUCUCACUUUCCUAACGUCUGUAUAUUUAGCAAAUGGGAUUUCUGUCCUUUUGGAAAGGAGCUGCACCGAGGCAAAGGGGUGAACCCCUGGGUGGGUUUGUGCUCUUUGGACCACUUGAAGCUACCUGGGCAUGGAGGAGAAGGACAGACACAGAACUUCAGCUGCAAAUAUGCACAUCCCCCACCUUGUUAUUUCCAGAGAGGUUAAAAAAGAAAAAAAAAAAAAGGAAAGGAAAAAAAAAAAAGAAAAAAAAGAAAGAGUUCAUGUUUUAACCAAUUCAAGCUCUUGUAGCUGGAUUUGCUAUUCAGACAAAACCCAUUAUGUGGGACAAUGCAGUUAAUGCUUAGGACUUGCCGUGGCUGCAGUCCUUCCCUCCUAGAUUUUUCAUCAAAGAACCAGAUCACAGAAAUGGAGAAUUUUAUUUCCAUUGUAUCUACAUAGCAAACCUCUAUUUCUGCAACUAGGAGAAAUGCAAUCUCAUACUCAAAACGUGUGAUGUUGAAUGUCUUCUUUGACUUUCUGCCACAAUCUUCUUAUUUACUGUGUAACACUUUGCCAGAAAAAUAUCAGAGAGAGCAGUUCUGCAGCUGCUCAGGGGAUGCUUCAGCAGGGACUUAAUAGACCAUUUCCACAUCACAUUUCUACGAAUAACCAACAGGCACUUUACAAAACAAAAGUCAGCUUUAUUAAGCAAGUAUUUAUUGUGCAAUUACAGACUUGGAAGCAGGGAAUUUAGACCUUGCUGUGGUUAUUAACAGACAUACGGAGGUUGCUAGCAGGUUGUCUCCUUUUGUAGCUGAAGUGAGAACCACGCAGCCUGGGCAACUGCUUGUCACCGAGCUGCAGAGAGCUGAAGCCUGGGAGAAACCAAAAUCCAAGGAAUAGGAAGGAUGCAGGUUGUAAAAAUAACUGAGCUGCCACUGAAUAAAACUCUGCAUGGCUUUGGUUUAUAGGAUUUAUGCUGUGCAGUGCACUCGUUAUGCAUCGGACAACUUAACAGUAUACGGAAAACAAAAGCUUACAGCACUGAGCAAUGUUGUAUGGAAUAAUAUACACUGAAUAUGCUAGCAGCAGCCUCAGCCUUUCCCUUGCUAAAGUGCCUUCUUCCAGCAUUAACGAUCCAGAAGCACGCCGAGGUCACCGCGCUGAUGGAUUCCCAGCAUUACUGUGCUGCUCAUCACCGCGUCGCUGCUCUCCGUGACGCUGCUGCUCUCAGCCCCUGGCGGGACACAACAUCCUUUCUUCUUGCUUGCACUGUUGAUGUCUGGCUUUGAAGUGCAGAAAAGAGUAAAACAGCCCUUCUGUUUCUGCAAGAGUGAGAAUUUCAAUUGGGAAUUGAACUUUGUUUCGCUAGACUGCUGCCUUCACAAUGUGCUCUGUUAAUAGGCGGCAGCAGCACGGGGGUUAGGAGCAGCUUAGUUCCUUUUGUAUGCUGCAUUUAUAAAGGGCUGCUACAUGACUGAUCACUGGAAUUGACCUGUUUGGAGUCUGUAGUAGAUCUUACUUGCAUUUGUCUCAUCUAUUGAUCCUUUGUACAUUACAGUUCUGUUCGUGUGAUCUCAUCAGUAGAAAAGGUCAUAAAAGAUGAUAAGAUGCAGCUCACUUGAUGUAGUUUCCAGGGAGAUUUAUGCUGGCCCAUGCUCACCUUUUUGGAACAUCUUCUCAGCCAGAAUCUAAUAGCAGUACUUCCUACUGCUUAUACACAACAUGUCUCAAAUGUUAAUUUCGGAAUUAAUCUGAGCUAUGACCAAACAGGAGGAAACGUUUCUUUUCUUACUUCUCUGGUAUUUGUUGCUCACCUACACAACCAACGUUUCCAUGCUGUGCUCUCUGAUAACAAAGCAACUGGAACUGACCCAGCUGGACCAAAUCUGGGCCAGGGAUGGGCUGUUCAGGCAAUAAUUGCCUUUGAAACCAAUUGAUUUUAGAGCCAGUGGGCUGUUCCAAUUGGAAGUCAAAGGAUGACUUCUUCCUCAAGAGAUGGCUUAAUUAGGGCUUUUUCUGUUACAGAAUACCUGCAAAAUCAAUUUGUUUCCGUGCAGUCACUUUGCUAGUUGUGCCUUUCCCAUUUUCAUGCUGUAAUGGGUUUAAUUGCAAGCAGCUGGUGGUGGGAUGGUGUGCACUUACCUCUGACGAUGGGGGAUCCUGCUGGCCGCCUUCCUCAUCACAUGAUCAAGCAAACUCCAGUUUGCCCAGUGCCACAGUGAGAUGAGUGCUUACCAGUCUUCAUUGGAACGAGAACUUCUGAUUUGAAAUGGCUGGAUGGAAAUGGAAGAAUUGGAAGAGAAAGAAGGAAAAAAAAAAAAAAAAAGAAAUAAAUGGCAGUAUUUAUGGUCAUUCUGCAGGUGAAUUAAAGUUGUGUUUUUAAUAUAAAGAGUGUCAGCUGCUGAAAGCAAAGUAGAGCUGGAGCGCAAGUCAACACUGCAGCAAAGGCAGGGUCCACUCAGCCAGCAGCUGCUGAGUAAUUGGCAUCGGCUCUAACCAUAGAUCAUCACAGUUUCUGGAAAGCAAAUGCACUGAUGGCAAUGGCAAUCAAACCCCCACCACCUCAGCUCACUGCAAGCCUUGCUGUGCAGCCUGGGCACUGUGCCUCACCUGCUGCUCAUACAAGAACAAAAAAAUGCUUGGCUAGGUACUGGUGCAAUGUUUGCUUCUGUCAUUUUCCUCCCUCCUCUCUACUCCACCUGGAGCUGGCAACUUAUGUGCUAGGCAGCAACUUCCAGGCAGGGUUAGUCCCAUACACUUUAUCAGAAGUUACGGC